AUGUGCAGGAGAGAUGGGUGGCUAGUGCGAGUGGGAGCCAGAGCAAAUGCAGAAUCGCGGAGGAGAGAUAUGGUUGGAGAUCAACCUGCAGCGGAACAAGACCUUGCCAUUUCCGAGUUCCGUCUCGAAAAACCUGAGAGACCGUACCCAAACAUGAGGCCCGCCGAGGGAAACGCAAAAAAGGCAUGGCAGAUUGAAGUUGAAGUUGAAUCUGUAUCUCUGUGGUCCUACCUCCCCUAG